CUAUGUUCUACUUCGUAAACACAGAUCUCGAAUGGCAUUCCUUCUGCUCAUUUUAUUCGAAGUAUAGUUCGUUCUGAAAGUAUUGAAGUAUUUUGUUUUGUUUGUCUUGUCGAUAUUUUCCACUUGGCCUUGAAAUGUGACAAGUUUUUAAAAACUGCAAUUAGAUUUCAAUAUCUGUUGUGGACUGAAAUAUUAUUUUGUAUUUAGACCCUCUAAUACACGCGAUACCAUUAAUUAUAUUCUUCACUUUGCAAAAGUCAUAGUUCCCCAUCUUUAAUUGAAAGUUCAGUAAUUGAUAUUCGUUAGUAUUACGAACAGAUUUUCAUAAUGUAAGAUACAUUUAUUUGACUUACUUUCGAACCCAUCAAAGUGCCUUACCUUGGAUUAUGCCUGAAAGAUGUCUUUUAAUGACUCGAGUUCACUCAGGAAUUUUUUACUUGAACUGUGAAUGAUAGAACUGAACGCUUCCCCAAAGAAGGGUCGGUGGGAGGAGGUGACCAGUUUAUUACCUUCUUCCAAGUGCACUAUUGGUAACAAACCCUUUGAGAUGAAUAAAGCCAAUGGAGUGCUUUGCAUUGAUAUUGAAAAUUUAGGUUCAUUCGGAGGAAACCAACAGUCAAAUUAUUUUAGUCCGUUACAACCACAUUAUAGUAUAACGUUCAAAGACUAUCCUUCAGAAUACGGAGCACUACCUCAGGCCGAUUGUGCAGCAUCAAAUGUUGAAUUUCUUUCAUACCCUCAUUCCAUGGCCGAUUCACAAGGCAAUCGUGACGAACUCAGCACUCCAAUAACAAUAACUGGAUUUGAUAAUUCUUCUGGCAUAAGCGCGGAUUCCUAUUUAUCUAAUCAAUUCAAUGAUAUUUCACAACAAUUACCUGGUCAUAAUCCUUUCUAUGCAUUUGAACAAUCAAAUUUAAUAAUUCCCAAUCCACUUCAUUCACAUCCUCAUCCAUCUCAUCAUCUUCAUCAUCAUCAUGAACAUCAGCAUUAUGGUAUGGAUCAAUCAACAGAUCAACUGCACAAUUCUAUUAAUGAUAAUAUAAUUCCUAAUGAAAUUUCAACUAAUACAAUUCCUCAAGGUGAUUAUAUAUUAACACAACAACAAAAAAAUGAAUUAUAUUCAUCAAUAUUUUCAGAACCGAAUUAUUUUCUAUCAAAUACCACGGUAAAUACUUUAUCAAAUGUACAAUAUUCCAAUUCAAAAUGUAUUCAACAACAUAUACCUGAAUCAUAUCAAUCAGUGAUAUGGUUAAAUCAAGAACAUUCACAAAUACAAUUACAAGAACAUUUACAUUAUACAUCGGAUGGAAUAAUUACAACACAUAAUCAUAAUAAUAAUUAUUCAUUAAUAAUUAAUAAUGAGAAUAAUGAGAACAUGAAUAAAAAUUGUAAUGAAUUAUCAAAUAUUAAAGUAAAUAAUACAGAAAUGGAUAGUGUUAUGUCUGUUCCAAUCGAGACUGUGUCAACCACCAUGACUGAUGGUAAAAAUAUUCAUGUUCAAGACAGUGAUAAUGAUGUUAUCAUGAUGCGACCUUUAGUUGAACAGUCAAAUCAUUUUGAAACAUCUGAACAUUUAUCUGGGAAUACUGUGAUAUCAAAUGAUUUAAUUGAUAAUAUCUACUGUAGUAAUAAUAAUAAUAAUAAUAAUAAUGAGACUACUGUUACUGCCGCCAAUAAUAAUAAUCAUCAUCAUUAUGAUACAAAUAUAAUUCCAUUACAAAUUUAUCCUACAAUAUUUCAACCAAAUUAUUCACCGACUACAUCAUCAUCAUUAUCUUCAUCGUCGUCCUCUUGUUCAUCUUCUUCAUUUUCAUCAUUAUCAUCAUUGUCAUCUUCAAUGGUUUUAUGCACAGAAACAUUAACAAUAACUCCAGCAACAGCAAAAUCAUCAUUAGUAACAACAACCACAACAAACAUUUCACCUUCAUCUUCAUAUUAUACAAAUCAAGAUUAUAAAUUGACUGGUUUGAAUUUUCACCAACAACAUUUAAAAUCGAACAAUCAUACUGAUUGUAAUAACACUCUGGUUACUAAUAAUGUUAAUAGUAAUAAUAAUAAUAAUAGCAAUAAUCAUUCUAAUGAAAAAAAGUGUAAAGUUUGCGGUGAUCGAGCUGUAAAUCAUAAUUUUGGUCAAUUAACUUGUGAAUCAUGUAAAGCAUUUUUUAGACGUAAUGCCCACAAAGGUCUAUCCACUUUAAUGGUAACUCGCAUGCUUCGUACAAAUGAUACAUCAUCAUUGAUAUAUGAACCGAAUCGUACAGCACAUAUAAAAUCAAGAGGUCUUGUGGAAUUAACAUGUACAGCGAAAUCCGGAGAACAUGUAAUCACACCAACUACUCGUCGCGAAUGUCCAUCGUGUAGAUUAAAACAAUGUUUUCGAGUUGGUAUGAGACCAGACCUUAUACAAGUUCGUAAAAAAGAUGGAAGUAAACCACGAUGGUUGGAUAAAGUUCCACGUGCAGCUAUUGUUCAUGAACAACAUUUACAAUCUUCUGAAGCAUUACAAUGGUCAACAAAUAUUAAUAGUACUACGUUUCACAAUAAUAAUCACAGUGAUAAUAAUAAUAGUAAUAGUAAUAAUAAUGGUAAUAGUACAAUUAAUAAUUCUAAUCAUCGCAUAAAAUACCGCUUAAAUCCUGAUAAAUUUUCUAAAAAUAAAACGAAAGAAUUGAAGCCUCAUCUAACUGAACAUCAACCUAUAGAUAUCAAUAAUAAUAAUAAUAAUAAUAAUAAUAAUAAUAAUAAUAAUAAUAAUAAUAAUAAUAAUAGUUAUCGUAAUAAUAAUAAUAACAAUAAAGAAAACAAUAUAAGCUGCAUGGGAAAAUCGAUUAAUUUGAAAAGAUUCAACAUUAACUCAAAUGAUUCGGUAGAAAUCCUGUCAGAUCCUUCAUAUCCUUCUAUCCUUAAUCCUCAUCAGCAACAUCAUUAUCAUCAUCAUUCAACUUCUAUUUCACCUCGUUCCCAUCAUCAUCAUCAUCAUCAACAGCGUCAACAAUAUGUAGAAGAAGAAGAAGUGACUAAUGAUGACCGAAUAAAUGAUUAUAUUAUGUGCGUAACAUCAAGUCCAUCAUUGAAUACAUCAAAUAUUUUAAAUAAUGUUCAUUAUUCAAUUACUUCGAAUAAUCUUGAUAAAGACUUAAUUAUAAAUUCAGUAACCACUGGAAUAAUUACUGAUAACAAUACUAAUAGUAGUACAAGUGAUAGGACAAGUCCUAGAAUAACAACUACCAUAGCAACUAAUUAUUUUCCAGCUGAUACAGUUUUUCAUUUCAAUAGUUUAAUCAUUCCAAAUUCAUGUCAAAAUAAUAAAUGCGGUGAUAUCAAUUUAACUGAUUGGAAUACAUCAUCGGAAAAUGGUGACAAUAAUGAAACUACUAUAAAUAAUGUCAACUGUAUUACGUCCUCACCAUUAUUAUCAUCAUCGUCUCUUAUCAUACCAUCUACAACGACGUUGACAGAAGCGACAAUAGCGAUGGUAAAAGUAACUUCUGGUAGUACUGUUACAAAUACCAAGAAAACAACGAUAGCAAAUACAAGGAUUAAUAAUAAUGAUAAUGAUAAGCAACCUUCAUCGAAUUUACUUUACACAGAACAUCAUCAUCAUCAUCAUCACCAAAAUGUGGACUUCAGCACUUUGAAUGAUAUCAAUCACUUAGAUGACCUCAUUCUAUUAAGUGAUUCUACUGAAUUGAUUGAACAACAAGAAAGUACAAAUCAAUUAAAACCACCUUCGAAAAUUCUAUCACCAUCAGCUUUUACACAACCACCACCACCACCAACAACAACAACACCACCACCACCACCAAUGACAACAACAACAUCUUUAACCUCGGCAAUAAUAUUACAUAAUAAUUUAUCUAAAAAUAAUUUAAUGUGCAAUUUUAUGAAUGAUCAUUCAAUUGUUUCACCCUGUAUAACAUCUAGCUUAAUGUAUUCAACUGAUACAUUAAUUAUACCUAAUAUACCGAAUAUACCAAAUAGUUUAACAGAAAUGUGUAAACAUUCAAAUGUUACACCAUUAUGGAGUACUUCAUCAAUAGAUGAACAAUUCACAAUACCGAUAAUCACUACACAACAAAAUGAAUCUUUGUUAUCAACUUAUUCAACAAAUAGUAAUCAUAAUAAUAAUUCAAUCAAUCAAUCAUUAGAAUGUAUUUCAAUGAAUAGUCAUGAUAAAUUAUCAUUUGAUUUAUCAUUAAAAACUACAAUGAAUUCAUUGUCAAGUGAACUGUCUCCAUUAUUACCAACUUCUUCUGUUUCCUUGUUCUCUUCUUCGUCUUCUUCUUCUUUGUCGUCAUCAUCAUCAUCAUCAUCAUCAUCGUCAUCAUCAUCGUCGUCGUCUAUUUCAAUUAGAUGCAAUGAACUACAAUUAGAUGUGAAUUCUAUUAAAUCUUUACAAUUUGAACAAAACAAUAAUAAUAGUAAUAAUAAUAAUAACACGAAUACUAAUUACAUCUUACCGGUUGAUUUAAAUAAUAUACUAUUCUUGAAUGAAAGUAAAUUAUCAGAUGAUUAUCCAAUAAUAAGUAUUCCAGAUAGUAACAAUAAUAAUAAUAAUUCUUGGUCAAAUCUGAAUCAUCAUCAAUUGGAUUCAACUAAACCAGAAUUACAAACAAAAUGUGAACAAAUUUUCACUGUUCUAAACAAAAAUGAUAAUGAAAUUGAUGGAAUGUCUGGUGUUUUCCAAAAUAAAAAUCAAUUAUAUAAUGAAAAUACCAUAACUAUUCCAAUAAAUUUAACUAAAGUAAAGAAAUCAUGGUCAAAUAUAUGGCAAAAUGGAUUCAUUCCAAAUCCUGAAAAAAUUGAUUUAAAUUUAGAUUACACUGAAUAUCCUACAUUGAAAUGGUGUCUUACAAUAGCUAAUAUAUGGAGUGAUUUAUUUCUACGUCGUAUUUCAGUAUUUGCAAUGUCAUUAUUAGGUGAUCUUAUACAAGAUAAUAAUAAUAAUAAUAAUAAUGAUAAAAUGGGAUCUUUGUCAAGUUGUCAUAACAACAAUAAUCAUGAACAUGAGGAUAAUAAUCAAAGCAUUAUUGAAUCUAAUAUAUACAUUUCAACAAAUGAAUAUUUUAAUAAUUGUAAUCAAAUUCAUGGAUUAUUUCAAAAUGAAAGAGAAAAUAAUAUAAAUCAUGUAUUGAAUGAUAUGAAUGAUCCAUAUUUAACAUGGGAUGAUAUGUUAUGGAUAGCAAAAAAUCGAUUUACAGAUUGUGUCCCCGUUUUAUUAAUUGGUUGUUCUUUGUUGGUAAAUAAAACUGUGAUAGCAUCAUCAUCAUCAUCAUCAGCAGCAGCAGCAGCAUCGUUGUCAUCAUCAACAUUAUCAACCAAUUUUAAUCAAGAAACCCCAACAGAUUUAAAUCAUUCAAAUAACCAUUUUUCAAUUGGUAACAACAAAUUCACUGAUGAUUUAGAAAAACUAUCAUUUCAGUGUUCAAUUAAUCAUCAUAAUAAUAAUAAUAAUAAUAACAAAGAUGGGGAUCAUUGUUUAAUAUCCUCCUCCUCCUCAUCAUCGUCGUCGUCGUGCUCGUCAUCAUCAUCAUCAUCAACCAGAAUAACGACAUCAAAUAAGAAAUAUAAUACAAAAUUAAUAUAUUUUCAAACAGAACCUAAUUGUGUACAUGUUUUAGAUUUAACAAAAUUAAGUAAUGCUUUAGGAGAUUUAAGUACAGAAGAUUCACUUAUCAAUACUACUACUAAUACUACUGAUAAUCAUAAUAAUAGUAGUAAUAGUAAUAAUCAUAAUAAUAAUGGGAUAAUUCAUUCGAAAACUGUAAAUCAUCAUCAUCAUCAUAGUAAUAAACAAGUUGCUUAUCCAAUAUUAAAAUAUCUUGAUGCUUAUAUAUCUCAAUUAAGUAGUUUCUUAGCUCAUCAUCCAUUAUUAUUAAGUGCAUAUAUGGCAUUAAAAUUAACUGAUCCAAUAUUAAUAAAAAAUGAAGAAAUUUCUGAUCAAAUUAUAAAUGAUUCUCAUAUAAAUCAUAUAAAAUAUGAAUGGAAUAUAAUUAAAAUUAAACGUAAUCAACGUUUACAACGUUUACAUGAACAUUUUUUAAAUUUAUUUCACGAAGCAAUUGAUAUAGUUGCUAUGGAAACAACACAAUUAAAUAUUGAUUUACAAAUGAAUAAUCAUAAUCAAUAUAUCAAUAAUAAUAAUAAUAAUAAUACAACAUUUAUAUCACAAGAGAAAAUUGCUGCCAAUUCACGACGUAUUAUGUUAACAGAAUUUUUAGAAUGGAGUCGUGAAUUUGAUGCUACAUGGCAUCAUUUUCAAUAUGAUAUAUGGAAACAAGCUAGAAUGAAACAAACUAUAGAAUUAUUAUAUCAUAAUAAUGAAAAUGAUGAAUAUAAAAUAUCAAAAGGAUUAAAUGGAUUAUUUAAUAAACAAUUAAAAUUGAAUGAAAAUGAUUUAUUCAGUAUAUUAUGGGAUGCUAAAAAUGAACAAUCAUUCACUAUGUAG